AUGUUUUUAGGGGUGUUUGCUUUCAGCUGUAGCAUCCAGUUAUCCGAGUCCCUUAACUCCACACAGCUUGAUAAUGCCAGUUUAUACCCUGAACCAAGCUGGUCAUUGGAGCAGACUAGUAUCAACUGGAAUCUUCAUCAGGAAGUGCCCAGAACAGUGUUCGUAAACGACAGCUCACUGGCUGAAAUCCAUAACCAGAAAGAGAUUCGGCGGCGUUUUGUAGUGAACGGUACAAAACAGCGUGAUCCACAUGAGCGCAUUAAAAACGAGAUGUACAAUAUGUAUGUGAUGAAUGCCGCAAAUCGUGAAGAACUGGAUGAUCGUUGCGACAGCUUAAAAGUAAGUCUGGAAAGAACGGUCGCUACAGUCUCGGAAAGCUCUCCAAGAAAAAGAGCCAUCAACGAAGUGUCAUGGCGAAAAGUAGAUGGAGGUUUACCCAAAACCAGUAAGCAGUGUCAUGAUAUGGAGAGUCAUGUAUGUGAGCAGGUGAAAACUGUCGUUGCAAGGACUCGCUUUUUCUUCCAUUUAUUCGCCAAGGAGUUCAACAGACUUAGUAAGAAUCCAGUCGCACCGUUUCGCGAUCCCGAUCAGUUAACUGCUCAUGCCACAGGAGUCAGCCUCGCUUUGGUACGAGAGUGUGCCGAUCCAGUACCAAUAAAGAAAGAAAUUCCAUAUCACGCUGAUACUGCUUUGCCGAGGGGAAGCGGCACAGCACCGGAUCUUGUGUCGUCCGAAAAGAAGUUGAAAAUUGUUCAGACGCAGCGCCUGGUCAGAAAUGAAGGUAAUGGUCAGCGAAUGGACACGAAUAAAGGCAUAGCUGCUUUGAAGAAACGCCAAGCGAGUUGCGUAACUGAGAAGGACAAUGAUAUGGCUAGAAAGAAAAAGGAAGCUUCUGUCAGUUGUUCUCCAGCACCAUCCAGGCCAACGCAGGCUCCGAAGGUAUAUUUCAGUUUCUUUAGGGAAGUAUAA